CAACACAUCUGCGGUAUACAUUCAUCUUUGUCUUCUCAAUUCUCUUCUCUCUCUCUUCUCCCUUCCUCAGUUCACCUCUCUCUCUUUCAUCCUUCUUCGUCAGCUUUCUACUUCACUCUUUGAUUCUCAUCAAUCAGCCUCGGUUUUGAGAAGCCUUUACUUGUCUCUACUUGGUUUCAACAUUUCCUGGAUUGACAGCCCAUCAACCGACUCAGCCUUCUCACGCCACAAGACACCACUUCAUAGCCAGAUAUCACGAUGAGUCGCAGCCACGAGCCUGACUUGAUUCUCAUGGACAGUGCCGACACCCUCGUUUACAUCGACGACACAGAACCACACGAUCGGUCAAGGUAUUCCUUGCAACCACAACGCGCAGUUACAAUUCCCCACAGAGUCCAUAGUCAAAGACUGCUGUCCACGGGUUCUGCCUACUUUCGCAAACUAUUUGAGCCUAGAGCUCAGUCUCGAGUUCUGAAGCGUCGCAAGCUAGAUGGGACGUUGCCUGACGGUGUGAAGUUUGUCAUUGACCUCACGCCGCCCACCACAGAUGAUGAAGGGGUGAGGUUUACUACAGAGCUUUCGUGUCCGCUAGGGUUACGAAAAUGGGCUCUUGCACAAAAUCGAUGGACCCUCCCAUCUCACCUUGUUAGUGGCAUAGACGAUGGACUUGAACACUCCAGUAGCAGUGACGAGCCCGGCAUCCCUGUUGAGUAUUCAGAGGCUCGCAACCGCCGAGGGAUCGCUCAUGUCCUCCAAGCCUUAGAAGGACUCAAGCCUCAGCUUAACACUCCGUGCAAGCUCUGGACGUUCCUUGCCUUGGCUAAGCUGUAUGGCAUCGCUCAUCAUCCACGGGUCAAGGUCCCGAUCUUGACCUGGAUUUACGAGGGUAGGAAUUCUCUACUCAUUGAAAUGCACCCAGAGAUUGCAUACGGAAUUGCUUGCUCUAUCCAAUGCGAAUACUUGUGCCAGGACUCAUUUUCGAUCUUGGUCGGAGAGGCAUCUUUGCGAUUGAUGGCGGAGCCGAACGCAACACUUACCCGCCCUUGGGAUUCGCACGAGACUCUGUACGGCCGGGUUCGGGAGGUCCUGGAUGAUGAGGACCGGCAGCGAGUGGAGUAUGCCAGUCAAAGCUUCAAGGACCAUGUCAUUUACACUUUUCUUGAGCUCGUUGGCAGCAAGAUGCAAUGGCUGGAGAGAUUGCCUGCGGUCCACAAAGUGCUCUUACACGAAGCAGGCGGCCCUCCUUGUCCUCUUGCAUCUAAGCUCAUCAGAUGUCUCAAGAACUAUGUGCGACACCAUAUUAUUGAUGCAUUAAAUACCGACCUGGUAACUUGGAAGGAAAUCUCAGUGCUUCAUGAGCCCGAUGAUGAUUACCCGGGAGAGCGAUUUCUGAAAGCUUAUACCAAGAUGCAUUACACCGAGCGCAUUAUGAGCCGAACUUUCUGGAAGAACCUCGGGUCAAAAAAUUGGAGCAAUCUCCUACCGUCAGCCUUCGUGUAUCUGCGCUCAGCCAACUCCAUCGCAAGUCAAUCGGUCGCCGAUCUGGGCCGUCAUCUACAGCCAUUUCGGGCGCAGGAAAAUACCAAGAUCGGACUUUUUGACACGGGUGACUUGGUUGGAGAAGUCAACCGUUACAACGCCCACACCGGCUCCGGUCGUCCCGUUUACGGCGCGGAUCUCAUUAUUGUAGGCGACACUGGAGAGCUGGAGUCAGCAUGGAACAACACCCUGGGGUACAUUGACUUUAACCCUCAGGAUUUUUUCAGCCAACUUUCUUCCUAUCUGCACUCAAUAUCAGACAGGAUGCGCGGGUCCUAUCGAUCUGAGAUGGAUCAGCUUAUUACCGACUGUGUCAGCUGCCUGACUGCGAAUGAAGUGAAGUAUCUUCCUUUGUGGGCGGGAGGUAACGACGAUGGUUCUGGAGGUGUCUUCGCCGACCUUGACAUUCCAAAUGCCGAGCUUGCAGGUUUCGCGACGCCGGGACCGGGGAUACAUAUGGGAAGCUCGGUUGCUUCGAAGCCGCUCUCAGACUAUUCUUCCACCAUGUAUGAGAGCACGGUGCAAGCUGCGUCGCACGGGGCGACAGGCGGAUUUGGUACGGAUGUCAUGUCGUUCAGCAUGGCAAGCGAAAGAAGCGGUAUUGAACAAUCUAUUGCAGAUUUUGAAGACUUGUCACUUGAAGAUGCGAUCCGGCCACUCUAG